UAUACCCCUCCCUGCUUGUUUUUUUCCUGCAACAAGAUGGCUGUCGUUCCAGAGAGCAGGGUUCUUACUUUCAGCGUUUUUAAAUGGAGUUCUUACUCCUCUACGUAUUUACCCGAGAAUAUUUUGGUGGACAAACCAAAUGAUCAGUCCUCCCGGUGGUCUUCUGAGAGCAACUACCCUCCACAGUUUUUAGUCUUGAAACUGGAAAGGCCGGCGAUUGUUCAAAGCAUCACCUUCGGGAAAUAUGAGAAAACACACGUCUGCAACUUGAAGAAAUUCAAAGUGUUUGGUGGGAUGAGUGAAGAAAACAUGACUGAGCUUUUGUCCAGUGGCCUUAAGAAUGACUACAACAAGGAAACGUUCACCUUAAAGCACAAGAUUGAUGAGCAGAUGUUUCCCUGCAGAUUUGUCAAAAUAGUGCCUCUGAUGUCUUGGGGUCCGAGUUUCAACUUCAGCAUCUGGUACAUUGAGCUGCAUGGCAUCGAAGAUCCAGAUGUAGUGCAGCCUUGCCUUAACUGGUAUAGCAAGUACAGGGAACAGGAAGCCAUCCGCCUUUGCCUCAAACACUUCCGUCAGCAUAACUACACAGAGGCCUUCGAGUCGCUGCAGAAGAAGACUCGGAUAGCACUUGAACACCCUAUGCUUACUCACCUACACGACCGACUAGUUCUGCAAGGAGACUUUGACGCCUGUGAAGACCUUAUAGACAAAGCCGUAAGAGACGGUUUGUUUAACCAGUAUAUCAGCCAGCAGGAGUACAAGCCCAGGUGGAGUCAGAUCAUUCCCAAAUGCAACAAAGGUACAAGCGCCCAAGAAAUCACGAGGGACGACAUGAACAGUGACGGUGACGACAACAGGCCGGGAAUGAGGGGAGGACAUCAAAUGGUUAUUGACGUUCAGACUGAGACUGUAUACCUCUUCGGGGGCUGGGAUGGCACACAAGACCUUGCUGACUUUUGGGCUUACAGUGUUCAGGAAAACCAGUGGGUCUGCAUCUCCAGGGACACAGAGAAAGAGAGCGGUCCAAGCGCUCGCUCCUGCCAUAAGAUGUGCAUCGACUCCCAGCGGCGUCAGAUCUACACUUUAGGCCGCUACCUCGACUCCAGCGUCAGGAACAGCAAAUCACUGAAGAGCGACUUCUACCGCUACGACAUUGACGUCAACACCUGGACGCUCCUCAGCGAGGACACAUCAGCGGACGGAGGGCCAAAACUAGUCUUUGACCACCAGAUGUGCAUGGACUCUGAAAAGCACAUGAUCUACACGUUUGGCGGGCGCAUUCUGACAUGUAACGGCAGCGUGGAGGACAGCCGCACGUCUGAGCCCCAGUUCAGUGGCCUCUACGCCUACCACUGCCAAGCUGGCACAUGGAGUCUCCUGCGGGAAGACUCUUGCAACGCUGGCCCAGAAGACAUCCAGUCCCGUAUUGGCCACUGCAUGCUCUUCCACACUAGAAACCGCUGUCUUUAUGUGUUUGGCGGUCAGAGGUCAAAGACUUACCUCAAUGAUUUCUUCAGCUAUGAUGUGGAUGGAGAUCACGUGGAGAUCAUAUCUGAUGGCACAAAGAAGGACUCAGGCAUGGUGCCAAUGACAGGCUUUACCCAGAGAGCCACCAUCGACCCCGAGCUCAACGAGAUCCACGUCCUGUCGGGCCUCAGUAAAGACAAAGAUAAACGUGAGGAGAACGUUCGGAACUCCUUCUGGAUCUACGACAUCGCCCGUAACAACUGGUCUUGUGUAUAUAAGAACGACCAAGCGGUGAAAGAAAACCCCAGCAAGGUCUUGCAGGAGGAGGAGCCGUGUCCACGCUUUGCACACCAGCUGGUCUACGACGAGAUGCACAAGGUGCAUUACUUGUUUGGCGGCAACCCAGGGAAGUCUUGCUCUCCAAAGAUGCGCCUCGAUGACUUCUGGUCGCUCAAACUGUGUCGGCCCUCCAAGGAGUACCUCCUCCGCCACUGCAGAUAUCUCAUCAGGAAGUACAGGUUUGAAGAGAAAGCCCAAUCCGAGCCACUAAGUGCACUCAAAUACUUGCAGGAUGACCUGUCUCUCACCGUGGACCACACAGACCCCGAGGAGACCAAGGAGUUCCAGCUCCUGCCCUCAGCUCUAUUCAAGUCCAGCAACGAUUUCAUCCCCCUUGGUUUCUCCGACAUCGACCAGACGUAUGCCCAACGCACACAGCUCUUCGACACACUCGUCAACUUCUUCCCCGACAGCAUGACGCCACCGAAGGGCAACCUGGUGGACCUCAUCACCCUCUAGCCCCUCCCUGAACUCCUCCCUCUCAUCAUCACCUCAGCCACUGGACUUAACGUAAACACACACGUGUGCACACACGUACACAGGAAGGAGGAGAGCGAGGGAGGCCAGGUAUUUCCUGUUUCUGAUCUCUUCCAUCUUCCAUCACGAUGAUCUGCUGCUGCCAACACUGUGUGAUUUGGACACAAGCGUGAAACCGUUUUUUUCUGUCCCUGUAAAACACACUACUGCUAGCUGCCGAGCAUUGCAUCUGUUUUUUCUCUCUCUGCCCUGCAAUUUCCAUCCUCGCAAACGCCCCACCUUCUUAUUCUCUGACCACAUGUGCCCAUCCACAUCCUGUCGAUGCAAAAUCUUUAUGGCCUCGCAAUGAUUGUGAUGCAAAAUACAUUUAAGUAGAACAGCGCUCAAUAGAGCAAAGACCUCCUAGCAAGGCGCGUUUGUGGUCACUAUGGCUAUAACUUUCUUUAAUCAACUCCUGGUGCUAGUGGGCAGGCUACUUCCUGGGUUAUUAGACUGUGCCAUUUGCUUUCUUGGACAGGGGGAACGCUUCUGUUACAUAACUUGCCGUGUUUGCGUCACAGAGUGGGGUCUUUUGCAAAAUCCUAGUAACAAACAUGAUAAUGAACUGGACUGUCUCUCUAUUAAAGGCCAACCAAUCCUGAAUUUAACCCGUAGACUCAUAGGUAACCUCCUGCAUAUCCAUUUACGUAGAUUCAUAAAUUCAAUGAGAAAUGAAAGGAAACCCUCUGAUAGAAUACAUAAUAUCUUAGGUGGUACCUCAUUUAUACCCAUCAUUAUUACAUAUUUUGUAGCCCAUGUGUGUCAAAUAUUAGUCACUAUUAGCAAAUAAACUGGCAAAGAGGAAGACCCACGCACUUAGUUGGCCACAAUAAAGCGAUAAGAGCGUAUAGCGUAAUAAAAGCAAGUCAUUAUUACAAAGGCAAGCAGAUUUUAGACUAUAUUUUUACCCUGAAAAAAAAAAACACAUAGGGAAUUGUUUGGUGCUUUUAAUUGCAUUAGGUGUGAAGUCUGUAUUUGAAGCUGGUUUGGAUUGAUCAUGCCCUUCUUCUAUUAUGAGCACAUGAAAGAGGACCCUCUUAAAAUACCAAGGACUAUUAGGGCCACGCUGAAAAGACUAAUCACUGACUUUUCUCACAAAUUGACUCUUCUCAUAGUGUUUAUAAAUUCCAACUGUUUGUUUGAAUAAUUGUAGUUUAUUGUCAUAAUGUUUUGUCUUGUUUGUCUUGUCUUGUACGACUUUCAAUGUCACCAAUGAAUUGUCAUAAUAUUACAACGGAAUUCUCAUCAUAUUUAGACGGUGGAUUUUUUAGAUGUCCUGUAAUAUGAACACCUCAAAUCGCUCAUAAUAUUCACAUCAUGAUAUUGACUUUAUUUUUGUGAAAUGACUUUCUGUUAAAAUUCUGACUUUUUGCCUCAUAAAAUUGAAAAAGUGACAUAUAUUCUCGUAAAUCUAUGACUUUUUUCUUCAUAAUAUCACAACUUAACCUCAUCCUCAUAACAUUACGCCCCCUCCGUCUCCUGUUAGGACUUUUGUCUCAUAAUAUAUAUAUUUUUUGUUCAGCGUGGCUCUAAUGCUGAUUAGUAUAAAUGGGUUUGCUGUAAAAAAAAGAGCAGUUUACUGUAAUGGAUUUAUUAAUGCAAGUGAUGGGAGCUGGUGAUUAACACUGGUCAUUUUUGUGCUAUUUUGUUGUUAGCGCUGGGUGGAUUGUGUGUUAUUGUCUGGAAAAGCUAUCAAAAAUAAUUUUAAAGUUAAUUCAAAGCACCUUUUUGUUGGGGAGGAAUAAAAGAGCCAAAUAUGACCGUUUGUUUGUUUUUCAGAUGAAAUGCUAUUUUAGGGUUUCUUUUCGUCCUCAAUGUCCAAUCUCAUUCUUCUAUCUCAAGCCCUGGGUGGAUCUCGGUAGCGCCGAGUCCAGUACUCUCACAUCUGCGAGCACUUCUCUAUGGAAUGUGUAGAAAGCCUUGUAGUAUUGCAUUGUAUGUAAUGUAAAUAAUGAAUAAAGAUUGUAUUUUGUUCAGCUUU